AUGGAACCCUGGCUGGACUCGCUGUCGGACGAAUGGGCCUCCCACAAGAACUCGUCUUCACCUGGAAACUCGAAGGACACGCCUCAAUCAAGAGCGUCCAGCCGAGCGAGUAACGCUUCUCAGAGUCGCAUUCCUCAUCUGACACAGAACUAUUCACAGAGCUCAAGAAAGGGAAGCUUUCUACGACCGAGAUCAUCACAUGGACUCACACGUGCUCAGACGUCGCCAAUUCUUGCAGAGCAAACCUCGUCAAAAUUGAAUGUUGUCGCCCAGAAAGGUGACACCAACGGACGAUCAACACUUCCCAGACGCGCUUCCAGUGCUUUCUCCGGAUCUGUCAAUUCUGUACAGCAUCACACAAUUCAGCAUAAGUCCACUGUCGGGGACGAGAACACACCAGAAUGGAAGAGACGAUUGGCACGAGGAGAAGACAUAGCAGGGGAUGGAUGUGACUUAUUUGGUCCAACGCGAUUGGAAGGAAUGUUUAAAAAGCCGUCACCUUCCCGUAAGGGCCAAGAUGAUACCACUCUCCCUGUGGCUGGGCCUGUGAAACCGUGGUCAAUGCCUGAGCUGUAUCAGAGCAUGCGCGCCUCGAGAUCUAGGAUUCCAGAAAUGGAAGUUGUAGCGGAAGAAGAUGAGGACGGCAUCCAAGACGGUUCCGCAGGCGCUGCUAACAACUCUACCCGCAAAAGAGCACUUAGAGGGGUUGUGAAAGAUCGCGUAUUCUCAUUGGAGAACCAUAGCGCAGAGAAUAGCCCAAUAGAUCCUCGCAGAAGGGGUGUACAGAGGGAUUCUCGCACGCGCACAUCUAGUGGCCAGGAGGAAAUCCAGAACGAGGAAAUCAGUCCCAUCACAACUUCCAGGCAGAACACAAUCCGACAGGAAGCUCUAAGACAAUUGACCGAGGUACCAAUAACAUCGUUGCAAUCUAGGCUCGAAGAUAUUGCCGAGCGCCCCUCGUCCCGCUCAAGUGAUGAUGGAAUUCUCUAUGGACACGGAGGUAGGCAGAGCGAGGACUUUGGAGAAAUUACAAGCCUCUCGCUGCCAGAAGACCUUUCCAUGGGUACCCAAGACUUUGUUACUAGAGGUGGCUUUGUCAAUAGUCGACGGGGUGGUCGUUCCAACGAAGGCUCGUUCCAAAAGAAGACACUAAGUUCCUCCAUUCCACCUUCUCUCGACCAGUCCGUCAUCGACUUCCAGAACAUGCCCUUUCGAAGUUCUCCGCCACCCUAUAUGACAACUACACGUCCCUCCCAAGAAUCUGGAAAACCAACAGAUCCUAACCCAAUCACUCCACGCCGAACGCAAGGUAGCGAGAGCACCGACAGACCUAGGUCAUCCGGAAGUCCACUAAAGUUAUUCGGGAAUUAUGACACUUUCACAAACGAUAAGCUUCUACGGCGUAUGAGUCAAUUCGAAUGCGAUGAUGCAGAGGGUCCUAGUAAAGAUGAUGAAUCUUCUCACAUAGUCAAAGAUACGGAGGAACUGCGAGUAAGUCACUUCGGACAGGGCGAUCUGGACAGCUUCACUUUCAAUGAACGUGUUGAAAGGGACCCGGUUACGGUCGCUAUUCGCCUGCCCGGCGAAGCUCGAAUUUUCGACUCCUCCGUGGCGGAUGAAACGACUGUACAGCAAUUCGAUUUGCUAGAGGGCUCUGAACCUCAUGUCAGAGAUGAAUCUCCACAGGACACGUCAGCCGCCGAAGAUCAUGCCGGUGAGAGCAAACCAGUACCAUCGUCAUCAAUCAGAGAUCGCACACCAAAACGCAGGCGCACACUGCUUCGACAUGAAAUUGAGCCUACACGGGCGGUUGCAGUGACCGAAGCCACCAGAUCCGUAACCGAAGCAACCCAGCUUGCUGGUAAGAAGCGCAAAGAUGCCCGCUACGAUAUUGCAGAAGCAGCUGCAGAUGCUGCAACACUUGCUGCUCGACAGAUUUUGUGGCCCAAAACAGCUCGAUCACGCACUUCAGCUGUUGGCAUCGACAGUGCGGUUGAAGAUCAGCGCUACGAUAAUGCCAAUCCUCAUCACCGGAUCACUGAGGAGCUUGCGGGUCAGUUAGCUUCUUUUGGAAUGGGCAUCACUCAGAUGACAAACGAUUCUCGGAAGCCGUCUGUAACAACACAAGAUUUCUUGAACGAGGCCACAAAGAUCAUGCAAAUCAUUCGGCAGAGAGGAAAGCCUACAAGUGGACUUAGCAGCGUUGAGGAGCCACAUGAUGAAGCAGAGAUAGAUCCGGACUCUAUUUUGGACCUUGAAGUUGAAGGAGAGGACACAACACUGGACAACUUUUCAAGGCCACCAAGUCGAAAUGGCAGCAUGAGAACGCGCAAAGAAAGGAGAGCCGUAGAAGAUGCCAGCAUUGUUAACCAUCUUCAGAAGUAUCAAGAUGGGGACCAUCUCGACCUCCUGAUCACUUCGAAACUCGGAUCGUUGCACCUGCUUUCGGAUCCAAAUGCCAAAGAGGCCGCGAGUGUGCCUUUGCCUGAUGAUUCUGAUGAGUGCAAUGACCAAGAACACCUGAGCAGCCCUGCGAACAUCAGGAUUCGAGAAAGCGAAGAACACAAGCACAAAAGAAAGUAUUCUGCGUCAACGCUUGAAGGCCCUCCAUCAGAUCCCACUCAUGCUUCGUGCACGGCAUCUACCGGGACAACAAUUCCGACUGGCUCCUCGGCAAGCUCUGGGAAUAAGGGUCGCAUCCCGCCAGGUAUGGUUUCAGUUCCUGAGCAGGUUGGACUUAUGACCUUCGAUCAUUCUACAAAAUCCUGGGUUCGGGGCAAAGGACCAAAAGCUGCCAGCCCUUCAAGCAGGAAAACAAACAGUGAAGAGGACCCUUUCGGAGACAUUCCGGAUCUUAGCAUCGAUGAGCAGCAAGAGGCAGCAAAGAAUGCAUUACCUCCGUCGCAAGUUGACUUGGCGCAAAGAAGCUUGCCUCGUCUCGCACCAGCACCUGUAGUUUCCUCGCGACCUCAGACCAGGGAAGGCGCUCAAAUCUUGACGUCCGAAAGUGCAUCCGCGGCGACGAAGCUCACACCACUGGAUUCCAGCAUGCCUGUGUUGGACACCCGCGCGACCUCAUGGGCCACAACCAAUUCGAAACCUACAUCGAAACCCCCCUCAAGCCCCACUCAAGCCGAAGACGCCUCAUUGGAUCAUGAUGAAGAAGUCGAGCACGAAAUUCGAAUACAUGAUGGUCGUGCUUCUGAGGCACCACCUUCUCCCCAUCGAUCGUCGAAAAAAGCUCGUGCAGUGACAAUUGCCUUCUCAUCACCACUUGUGUCCGCUAUUGCCUAUCACGACGAACAACCACUGUCAGAGAUGAAUCAGUCGAUUGCGAGUAAUGGGAUAGGUAAAGGCAUCUCUUCACCCCAGAAACCACAACAUGUUCCUAGCCAGUCUGCGAGUAGCCAAUUAGCACAGUCAUUCAACGGCAGAGCAUUCGUUGGCCGACCUGUUUCGAGAAUAGAUGAGCAAGAAGAAGACAAUACAGCUCACGAUCUCAGCGUUGUGCACGUCAGCCACCCGAAUGCUAUGACCCCAGCUCCAAAGUCCCAAGUGACAAACCGCAUAACUAAUAGCAAAGGUACAAGUAUCAUAUGCCUCACACCGCUUUCAGAGUUCUCUCUCCAUCAAGUGGACCGCCAGCGUCACCCUGAGGCAAGCUACGUUGCACCACGUGCUCAUCCUAACUCGCUACAGCAGGCGCAUGGCUCACUAGCUCUUGCUGUAGACGAUUUGAUGAAGGCGAUCACAGAUGCGGAACCGUAUGAGCUGUAUUGGGAGCACCUCCGCCGGCUGGAUUUGACAGAAAAAGGCCUAACGACUCUCCAUAGCCUUGAUGAAUAUUGUUCUGCUGCCGAAGAGCUUCGAGUUUCCCGAAACGAACUUCAGCAGCUGAGUGGAGUACCUGCUACUGUACGCACCUUACUUGCACAGAGCAAUUGUCUCUCGAGUCUUACCUCUUGGGGCCACCUGCAAAAUCUGCAGUAUCUUGACAUCUCCUCCAAUGGGUUGGAGAGUCUGGAUGGCCUUGGCUGUCUGGUCCACUUAAGAGAGCUUAAGGCGAACAGAAACCGCAUACGGAACCUGGAAGGUAUCCUCGACUUGGACGGCCUUCUGCAUCUAGAGCUGCGAGGCAACGAGCUUGCCACUGUAGAUUUCCAAGGUGGAGAACUGACUCGGCUGCAGCAUCUUGAUCUCAGCAACAAUCAGCUAGAAGCUGUGAGGAACCUACAUGCUCUUUCUGCCCUGCGGACGUUGCACCUGGAGAACAACCAUCUGAGUGAGUUUGGUGUCGCUAAUGAAACCUAUCCCAUGCUUCGAGAAGUCCGCAUCUCAUUCAACCGUAUUGAAGUCAUCAAUCUCGCUGCCAUUCCUUCAGUCGAAUUGCUCUACCUGGACAAUAACUACAUUCACGAUGUGCAAGGGCUUCCCACUGCUCGACACCUUAGCACACUGUCUUUGCGGGAGCAGCUCAAUUCUCCCAAGCUCCUCAACACCAUAUUUUCUACCUCGAAUGAAUGCCGCAAACUAUACCUGUCCAACAACAAUGCACCGCUUGAAGGCUUAAGAAUGCCUUCAUCGCCGCACCUCAAUCUACGAUUUUUGGAGUUGGGAUCUUGCGGUCUCACUUCCCUACCAGAUGACUUCGGUAAGAAGAUACCGAAUUGCCGCACCUUGAACUUGAAUUUCAACGCCGUCAAAGACUUGGAGCCGUUGAAGGGUUGCGGGCGUCUCAACAAACUGAUGGUAGCUGGGAAUCGGCUCCACAAGCUUAGACGCACAUGCAUUGCAUUGACGAGGCUACCGGCACUCACCAAGGCCGAUCUUCGUGAUAAUCCGCUCACGGUCGGUUUCUACCCUCCAUUCCGAGAAGGUCGUCUCGUCGUACAUGGAGAUGUCAAGACGGAGGUUCAAGAUCCCUACACACUACCUCCUGGUGAUCAGAUAACCGAUACCAAGUGGCUCACCCAUUUGGACGAAGGCACCAGAAUGAAGCGAAGAACGAUAGAGCUUUUUUUAGCCAAAGGCUGCGAGAAGCUGGUUGAGUUGGAUGGACUCGAAUUUGAUAGAGUGGCGUUGCUUCAACAGGAUGAGAUCUGGCAAAAGCUCACCAGCAUGGGGGUCAUUGCAAAACAAUAG